UCAACCCUCGACGGACUUUUCCUUUGUCUCUGCCGGGCGGAAGGUGACGGACUGUGCCGACCCUGCUUCCACCCUGGCUCAAUCCUCUUCGCAUUGGUCCUCCUCCUCUUCUCAUCCUGCUCAUCCCGCUCACGAAGCGGGGUCGGUGGACUCACCAUGACACCACCCUCCCUUGACCAUGCCUCAUAUUGGUCCGCCCAGAGGGAGGUGAUGAGCUGGCAGUCUGCUCCCCUGCUCCCCUUGUGACGAGAGGAGGGCCCCAAUUUGCCUAUAAAAACCCGUCUCAUCUGUCUGAAAGUCCUCCUCCCUCCUUCUUCCUUUUCUAUCACUCAACUUUGGAAGAGUUCGAACAACCAUCUGAUUCACCCACCUCAGUCUUAGUCCAAGUCCCAAAGCCCCCUCUGCCCCUCUGCCACCAUACAUUGACCUGUCCUUUGACCUUCUACCUUGCCUCAGUCGUACUUAUCAUCUCUUCACAAUGGCCACCUCUGCUUACUCUCGUCAUCCCACUAGCUAUGCUAGUCACCAGAAGACCCUUCCCAUCACCAUGCCGUCCGGGAAGGCUCCGGUCUACAGCUACCCCCAAUCCCGGGUUCUUGAUUCCCCAGAACUCUCCGACACCAGCACAUCUUACGCUGGAAGUCGGACCUCGGCGGGGUCCUACUCGGCCAGAUCUAGUUAUGCGCCCAGCCAUAGCAGCGGAGACUGUGACUCUUACGCACAUUCCGGCGUGGAUGUCGUUGACAUGCUCAGCGACAAAAUGAACGCCGCUUUCGAUCCUAUUCGGAUGGAUCGCUCGCUGGCGAAACAAGCCCAGACAUCUGGCGAGUUGAAUGCUAAGCAGCGAGAGCUGCAAGAGCUGCAAGCGAUGGCCCAGCGGAGAUUGAAAUCUGCACGCGUCAAUUUCGCUGAGGGAGUCGAGGCCGUGAAAGAGGCCCGACGAGACGUGGAAUACACGUCCAGGAAAAUCUCGGCGAUGAAAACGAAGGCGGAGAAGAAACACCCGGAGGCGUAUGCGAAAGCAAGCCGCAGUCGACAUGCAUGAAUCCACGACGGUUACGAUUGACGAUGUUACGAAUUUCCUUCUCUCUUCACGUUGGGGCUCAUUUCUCGAUUUCGAGGCCCUCCGGGGACUUCCCAUUUUGCGGCAGGGGGUGAUAUGGAGGUGAUUUUUCCACUCGGCGUCCGCUCCGCCCAAACCUUUGGAUGUCGUCCAGCCACAGCAAAUCAGAGUCCAUCAUCAAACUCGAACAAUCAUUCGCCGGGAGCCUCAAAUGCAGCCUUGGCGGCAGUCCUCCGGGAUGAUUGACGUGGCAGUGAGUUUAGGGUUCCGCUCCACCCCACGAAAUGAGCCAAGUUUCUUGCUGCUUUUGCCCCGCAUGGUGGCCAGGGCGAUGGCGUGCAUGACGCCAGGCCCAUUUCUGCAGCCAGAGAAAUCGCCCAGUUGCCGAACUUGCACUGCAGCGAUCGACUCUGCAGGAACUGACCGCCCCAGCCAGCAAACGCCGAGCGGGUGCCACCAUGAAAUCCCCCCCCCGCAGGCACACUGGGCCCAUUUCUCUGGUUUGGUGCCACCUUUGCACCCGUCUAAUUGGAUCACGAGCUCCCAAGCUCGAUUUGGGACGAGCGUCCUGCCCUGUAGCACUUCCCCUCCUUUCGGUCACAAGACCUCGAUUCUGCAAGUGACGAGCCGCGGGACUUGCAGAUGGCGUGGAGAUUGCGGUGUGCCAGCUAAGCCGGAUUGGGGCGCUGGGCCGAAAUGUCGGGGCUGCGAGCAGCUUGCUGGCGUCCAGAUGUGCACGCCUGGGUGUCUCCAGGGACGGUUGCGAAUAGGUUGAGGCUGCGUGGAAGUCUCUCGGGGGGCGUCCUGGCCCGUGGCUCGGACCGCGGCUUGGGGUUUCGCUGGGUCUUUUUCAUUCCCCAUGUAUUCUUAUUGUUCUGGUGACAGUUACAAUUGACGAAAAAGUUUCAAUCUCGGCCGGUCCGGCACUGGACCUGUCCCCUAAAAUGGCAGUCGUAGGGGCCGCUUGGCUGGGUUUCUAAGGGCCCAUGGGGGUGCAGAACAAGCGGCUCUAGGGGCGUGAUAAGGGGGGGACUGGCAGCCAUGUACCGAGUAGUGACCAGGGAGCUGCUGGAGGGCGUAGGCGAGCAUGUGGAGUGUCUGUGAAGGGGCUUGACAGGGUGUUUCAAGGUGAUUCAGGGCGCCUUGGU